GAUAUUAUAUCUGAUAAAUUUUGUUUGCGCGUUUUGGGGCUACGUUUUGUCGGAGUCGGCGUUACCAGAACGCCGUUUUUGCCGCCACCGCCGCCGCCGCCAUGUCGCCGCUCGCCCGCUCGCUGCUCGCGCUCGCCGCGCUGCUCGCCGCCGCCGACGCUGGGAGAGAACAAGUAUUGUUUGGAUUUAAUGCACCACGGUUUAUCAGGCUGAAUGAAGUGACGCUGAACCCACAAGGAGGAUGGAUAAAUGUGAAAAAUUACUGUUCGAACGUGCCAAGCGGCGCCCUAGUGGUUGCAAGCAACUCGUUCCGGGACCGGGCUCCCUACAUCAGUGGCGAUGUUCAGAGCAUCAACGUGGUUUGCAUGCCCCUGGGACCUUAUACUACAUGCGACGACAGAAUUAGAGUCAAUAUCACACAAUUUUGUUAAUAAAUAAGUUAUACUUA